AAAGAUAUUGGAUCGUGUUGUAUCGGUUGAGUAUGCCUUUAGGGAUGAUGGUGAGCAUGGUGACAGGAGGGACAGCCCUCGAAGGGGUGGUUAUGGAAGGCGUGAUGUUAGCCCAUAUGGUCUCUCUGUUAGUCCAGUGUACCACAGGGAUCGCACAAGUCCUGACUAUGGUCGUGCCCAUAGUCCUGUCUAUGAUCGAUAUGACAGACCAUCAUAUGAUAGGAGCAGAAGUCCUGAUUAUGGUCAUUAUCGAAGCCGCUCUCCUGUCAGAAGGUCUAGGAGAUGAAGCAUCUGGAUUGUGGGAACAAAUCAUCAGUAGACUGUCAUUAGUACUUCUCUGUAUCGGUUCCUUUUACCCCUUUGAUUAGCUCUUAGCGAGGAAGCCAGCGUGGUUAUGUAAUAUAAUUUUAUGAUUGGAAGUUAUAUUCUUCGUUUUCUUUUCUUUUACCGCUAUAUAUAUACAUAUAUAUAUAUAUAUGGCAAUAAUGGUCUAUUCUGGCUUUUCCA